UUCACGUUUGGAUUCCUGCAUUUUUUUUUUUCCAGCUUCUCCUCUGUUGUUGCUACUGCGGCGGGUACCACUGCAGAUCUGAGCUGGGCAGGGAUUCACUCUCCUCAAAGCAUCUUCUCCAAACAAACAAACAAACAAGAAGAAAACCCUAAAGUUUGCAUCUUCAUCAAACUUCAUCCUGCACAAAACUUACCUGCGCUGAAAGACCUGGGGAAGCUUGGAACAACUUGAUGGACAUUUGAUUUUUUUUUCUUCAUUUUUUUUUUAAAUUUUUGUAAUAUUUUGUGUUUCAACUGAAGACUCCCCCCCCAACCAGCAGAGGAUAGGGGUCAUAUUUAAGGUGGUCUAAGGGGGGCUUUAAUGCCAAGGCGAUGCWGUGGAUGUGAUUCAAACAACAGAUCCAGACUCCUGUGAACCACAAUGAAAGACGAAUUCACUGAUGAGGAGGAGGUGCAGUCCUUUGGCUAUAAACGGUUUGGAAUUCAAGAGGCUACGGAGUGCUCAAAGUGUAAAAAUGACUGGGCAUUAAGGGCAGCCAUCUCUCUCCUCUAUGUGCUCUGUGCCCUGCUCACAAUAGCAGUGGCUGUCCUUGGAUACAAAGUUGUUCAGAAGAUGGACAAUGUGACAGAAGGGAUGCAGAAUUAUGGAGGAAAGAUCAUUUCUGUGGAAGCAGACUUAAAGAAACUAGAUGAUCAGGCAGGACAGAAGUCAGUCAAUGCAACCAGUGAAAUCAACAUGUUCAAAUCGAAGCUGGAAGCAUUGCAAAGCCAACUGAAAGACAUAAACGUCAGAGCAACCAGCAACAGAGAAACACUGAAUGAACUUYUAGUCACAGGAGGCGAUGUGCAGAAUGGCCAUGUCUCCCUGCAAAGAGUUCUGGAAGAUAACGCAGCCUCCCUGCGUGGAGUCAAUCAGUCGCUGGCCUCCUACAGUGGGAUGAUUGACAGCCUCCAGACGGACACAACGCAGCUCCAGUCUGAGUUACAGGACCACGUCAAAGUGCAGAGCGAGACCCAAGUUAGCAUCGGUGCACUUAAUAUCACCCAGAACCAGCAGCGCAAUCUGCUCGGCACGCUGCAGAAGACGGUUGAAGACACAAGCCUGGCGGUACAGAGGCUGAAAAAUGACUAUCAGGUCCUACAGCAGACAGCCAGACAGACACGUACCGACACAGAGUGGCUAAAAGAAAAGGUCCAGAACCUUCAGGUCUUGGCAGCCAAUAAUUCAGCCCUGGCCAGGUCCAAUGGAGACACGUUGGAUGAUUUAGGAACUCAGCUCAGCACUUUAGCUAGCCAAAUCCGGAACACCUCAGCGCUCACUGAAGGCCAUGACCAGAGUGUGCGUGAGUUGAUGGACCACCAGAGGGACCAUGAUAAUGCCACCUCGGUAAAAUUUGAUGAAAUGGAAGCUAGGCUGGACAGGCACGAAAACGACAUGGACCGUGUGACUGGAAACAUGAGCUUUGCCGCUCAGAUUUUAGGUGUCAUCAGCUCCGACCUGAAUGGCCUUAGAUCCUGUGCUGAAACUGUUAUGAGCCAUUCGGAUCUGUUAGCAGGACUGAAUGCCAGCAUGGAAGAAGUCAAGACAGACAGUAAAGAGCUCCGUGCCCAGCAGGAUGAGCUAACGUCCAAACUGGACCAAGAGGUGAAUAACCUGUCCAUGGUGAUGAAUGAGAUGAAGCUGGUGGACAGCAAGCACUCGCAGCUCAUCACAAACUUCACCAUUCUGCAGGGUCCACCAGGUCCAAAAGGCUCCAAAGGUGACAGAGGUCCUCAGGGACCAAUGGGUCAGUCUGGACAAAAGGGUAGUAAAGGAGACAGAGGUAUGCCAGGAGUGGCAGGACAUAAAGGAGAAAGAGGUGCUCCUGGGCCACCUGGCAUYGAAGGUCCAAAAGGUCAGACGGGGGCUUUGGGGGAUCCAGGACCUAAAGGACCUAGAGGGCCUGGAGGCCGAGCUGGAAAUCCUGGUGAGAAAGGUGACCCUGGGGCUCCUGGAAUUUCUGGUAGGGAUGGAGUACCAGGAAUUCCAGGUCCACAAGGGCCACAGGGGCCCAGAGGAGCAGCAGGACCUGCAGGUGUCGAGGGACCUCGUGGGCCGGUUGGGCCCAUUGGCCCUCGUGGUCCUCCAGGUCUUCCUGGGCUGCCAGCACCAAGGCCACCUGUAAUUGUAAAUCCACCUCAGCCUCCACAGGUCCUCAAACCAACUCCACCAAAAGUAGGCCCAGUGCCCACAGAGAAAACACAAAGUUCUGUGUCCAAGCAGGUUCAACUCCCACCUGCUGUCACUACCCCAACUCCCGGUUGUCCAUCAAAGUUCAAAAAGUUUAAGAACAGCUGCUACUACUUCUCCUCUGGCUCUCAGAGACUCAGCUUUAACGAGGCAAACAAGUUUUGUAGCAACAUGUCGUCUCACAUGCUCAUAAUCAAUGACGAAGAGGAACAGCAAUUUGUGAGGACAGUGAUUGCAGGAAAAGGCUACUUUUGGCUGGGGCUCACUGACAAGGAGAAGGAAAAUGUCUGGAAGUGGGUGGAUGGAACCAUGCCAGUUUUCACACAAUGGAAGCCAGGGCAGCCUGAUAAUUGGACUCAUGGUCAUGAAGAUGGCGAGGACUGUGCGGGCCUCAUUCAUAAUGCCAACUGGAAUGAUUUCUACUGCACUGACCGCAUUGGUUUCAUCUGUGAACGCGCCUCAGACUUGGCAGUUCCAGUUUUAUAGCAUCCAGCCAAGAAAAGUGGAAAUGAAGAUGCAGCAUAGGUGAACGCCGAGGAGAAGGCUUUACACGACUAAAAGACUCAACUAAAAGUCUGCUCAAUCAGGCAUCAUUGACACUUGGACUUGUUUUGUCUUCAGAGGGACCUCAAAACUUGGKAUGGUGCCAAAGGCAGAGCAGAAGCAGAGCCGUCCCAUUGUUGUGCUGAACAUGGGCUCAAAGGCUUAACCAGAUCAUUAUUUGGUUCAGACACUUUUGUACAUAUAUAUCUGUAAAUAGUACUCUUAAAAGCUAAGACAAAUGUUUAAAAUUCAUACUUUUUAAGUUUCUGAGUGUUUUAAUCAUUUUAACACAUUCACAAUAAUAAAGAAACACAAUAAAUCAUUAAAACAAAGCUGUUUCAGAUGAAUACAUGACUAUUUGCUGGCUAUUUGCUAAUAUACUGUAAGUUAUAAAUGCUUCACAUUUCAUAAACGACUCCACAGUUUCAAAAUGUUAAAUAUCUUCAAAAAAAUAAUAAUUAUAGAGCACUUAAAAGCCCUCUCCAAAUGAUUGCAACUUUGGGGGUGAAAAAAAAAGUUUGCCAUAAAAAAAUGACACAUUGAGUUGCUCUUGUGAGCAGUGCUGUUCUGUCAUAAAUUCUCAGUUUGUAGUCUGCCUAUGUUAAUAUGUUACAAACAUUUUAAUUGCAGCAUUUGGAUUUAUUAUUUAAUGAUUUAGUCAUAAUGAUAAGUACAAAACUGUCAGUAAGUACUGAUUGAUUGACAUUUGCUGUAUGUAUUUCUUAGGGGCUCAGUAUGCUAUUUGUUUUUAUGGCUGAUUGUUUUCCAUUAAGCUCAUAUAAACCAGAACUGGAUCUGUGGAAAUAAAAUGGAAAAACUGC